AGGAUGUAUCCAGAGAUCCUGGCAUUCAUUUUUACCACUUCAGGGUGGUUUUUGGUGUCUUCCACCUUGGUUACAGACUAUUGGAAGUUAUCUACACUUGAUGGAACAGUUGUUGCCACAGUUGUGCACUAUUCCAAUCUGUGGAAGCUCUGUGUCACUGAUUUUAUUGGAGUCUCCGACUGCAAAGAUUUUCCCUCGAUGCUGGCACUGGAUGGCCACAUCCAAGCAUGCAGGGGAUUGAUGAUUGCAGCCGUCUGUCUUAGUUUUUUUGGAUCUACGUUUGCCCUUGUUGGAAUGAAAUGUACUAAAAUCGGAGGAACUGACAAAACCAAAGCCAGGAUUGCCUGCUAUGCUGGAGUAAAUUUCACUCUUAGUGGUCUCUGCUCAUUUGCAUCGUGCUCCCUCUAUGCACACAAGAUAACAACUGAGUUUUUUGAUCCAAAUUUUGUGGAACUAAAGUAUGACUUUGGAGUUGCACUCUUUAUCGGCUGGUCAGGUUCUUUCCUCAGUGUCCUCGGAGGCAGCAUAUUCUGCUUUUCCAUCGCAGAUUCUUUUACCAAAAGCCAAAGUUCAGCAAAGUAUAUCUACAAAGGUGCUGCCUCACAUUCUCAUAUGUCCUCCCACCUCGGAGGGCAGGCGAUGUCUCUAAAACCAGAGUCUGUAAAAUACAGAGAGUCCUCCAGGAUACAGCACUUUGAUACCUGAAACUUAUCUUGAGGAUUCUUUAUUUUCAAUUAAGUAGACAACUUUUGCUUUGUACAUUUAAUCUUAAGUAUGCAAUAUUUUGUAUAUCUUUUCUUGAUUGUGUUUUCUUUAUCUGUAAGUAGCAUAUGUCUGUGACUGUAUUGUUGUAUUUAAUUUAUACCAUUCUGUAAAUAUUUGUGUAUACGUCUAUAUCCUAUAUGUGGCUGUUGCAAGACAUG